AUGUCAUAUCUGGGAAUAUGGUUAUCUGCAGAGCACCACAUCCCAUACAGCGAGGUUUCGCAUGAAGAGAGACCAUACCGUCGUGCUCAGAUCAUGGCCCUCACAAAAGCCGAAAUCCCAAAGGAGAAUAUUGAGCAGCAGUGUCUUGUCAAGAGAAGGACAUUGCAAGAUAUCACUAACCAUUACGUCCGCACAGGGAAGUACAACAACAUUGUGGAAGCUGCUGCUGCCUUCAAUCAUGGUCACCAAAGGGAUGUCUCAGCAGAGACAGUACGCUUGUUACUGCUCAAACGCGGAGCAAAUAGGGAGAAUAAAUUCAUUCCUCGGAUGCAUUCUGGUGGUGGGAGUAUCUUCGUGUUUGGUAGAAU